AUGGCAAUGAGUUUUGGAACAAGGGCUGAUACUCGAAUUCUAAGAUUACUAGGAUUACUUCCCUUGAAUGGUGAAAGCUGGAAUGGUGGUCGAUCCUGUUUGCCGGCCGUGCAGAUGGCGCUCGAAGAUGUAAAUGCUCAGAGCAACAUCCUGCAAGACUACAAUUUGACUUUUAAAUAUGUAGACACAGAGUGUACUUCAGGGAUGGCUAUAUUCCGGAUGUUUGAAUCUUUGAAUGUGGAUCCGCCCUAUGUUAUGGUUCUUGGUGGAAUGUGCUCGGUUGCAUCAGAGGCAACGGCUGAAGUAACAUACCUUUGGAACCUUACUCAGUUUUCAUGUGGAUCAUCCUCCCCGGUUUUGUCAGAUCGCAAGAGAUUUCCGAGAUUUUUCCGGAUAACCUUACCCGACCAAAAGCAUAAGACAGCAAGAAUAGAUUUGAUGAGAGCAUUUGAUUGGAAGAAAGUGGCAACUAUCAACCAAGCGUUGGAAUUCUUUUCAGCGGUAAUAGAUGAUUUUGUACGUGAAGUCCAAAAUACUGAAAUAACCGUAAUAUCACAAGAGAUAUUUGAAAAUGACCCUCUUACAAGAGUAAAGAAUCUAAAGGCGUAUAAAGUUGGAUUGUAUGGGCCGAAAAUUGUCUGGAUCUUUUUUGGAUGGUAUUCCCAAACAUUUUGGCGGAAUAAUCUUCAAGGAUUUGACUGUGGGGAAGAAGAAAUGAGUGCGGUUGUGGACGGUUCUUUCAUUACUGAAGAAGCAUAUAAAAACCCAAAAGAAGAAAGAGGAAUAGCGAACAUGACUGCAAGUGAGUUUGAACACAGGUUUUACAACUAUCAUGCAUAUGAUCGUAAAUACGAGAGUUACAAUUUUGUUGCUCAUACUUGCUAUGAUACAAUAUGGGUUGUCGCGUUGGCACUGGACUGCACCGUGAGGGAAAUGGAUCAGCGAGGCUACGCAAAAACACUUGACAUGUUUACCUACGCUGACGCGGACGUAAAUGAUAUAAUAUUUGACUGCAUGAGCAACACGUCAAUGACCGGCGUCUCCGGAAGUGUUGCGUUUACAGAUAGUGACCCAGACAAGAUUAUAGAGAUAGAACGAAUACAAGAUGGAAAGCGGGAGCCAGUCGGACUUUAUAGACAGGAUAAAGAUCCUUCAUAUUUUGAGUGGAUUGAAGAUGCUAUUAGAUGGAAAGAUGGAAUUAUACCUCGAGACUCAACCUAUGUCAGAUACGAAGAAAUAGGAAUUCCUCCUACCCUGUUUAUAACAAUGACGUCAUUGGCAGGACUUGGUUCGGCUCUGGCCUUGUCAUUCCUUACAUUUAAUAUCAUUUAUAGAAAUAAUAGAUAUGUAAAAAUGUCAUCACCGAAUAUCAACAACGUCCUGCUAUUGGGCUGCAUCCUGUCAUAUUGCACAGUCUUUUUCAAAGUCACAGAAACUUCUAGUGGAACUCUCUGCAAGGUCAGAGUAAUCCUCUUCUCACUCGGGUUCACGAUGACGUUUGGUGCCUUAUUUUCAAAGACGUGGCGAGUUUAUCGUAUUUUCACCAACAAGAAACUUCUCAAAAGGACUAUAAAAGACUACCAGUUGUUGGCUAUAAUCGGGGCUGUUGUAGCUGUCGUAUUGGUUGUAUUGAUUGUUUGGGAAACAAUAGGACCUCACAUGGUGGAAACGAAAUACCUUCCAAAAGAUAUUUAUUUGAUUGGUAAUGACGCCGAGGUUUAUCCGUACGUUCGCGUUUGCCUAUCCGAAUAUUCGGAAUAUUUUGCUUGGAUAUUGUACAUAAUUGAAGGAAUGUUAUUAACGUUUGGUGCAUUUCUUGCUUGGGAAACUAGACAUGUACAAGCUGUAAGGACUAAUAAAGUAUCGAGUGAUGACCAAGCCAUGUCUACAAGAAUCACAACAGUGGGUGGAAAUCAGACUUCAGAGCUUGACGCAAAUAAACCAAGAUCCAUUUCACAAAACAUUGAGAGCAAUUAG